AUGGGGCAGCCUAUGGGGACACAAUUUGGGAAAAUGGAGAACAUUUCUUGUGUGUAUUGUGGUGAGGGUCAUACUUUUGACAACUGUCCUUCCAAUCCAACAGCUGUGUGUUUCAUGGGGAAUCAAAAUAGGAACGGUCCUUAUUCUAAUUCCUACAACCCAUCAUGGAGGCAACAUCCCAACUUUUCAUGGAGUAAUCAAGGGGCUGGUCCGAGCAGCUCCUCUAUGCAUCCUAGACCUUUGUAUCCACCGGGGUAUCCACCACAAGCUCCACAACAAAAAUCCCAACACAUAGUGCAAUCUACUUCUUUGGAAGGCAUGUUAAAAGAUUACAUGAUGAAGAUAGAUGCACUCAUUCAAAGUGAAGCAACAUCUAUGAGGAAUUUGGAGAAUCAAGUUGGGAAACUUGCCAAUGAGCUUAUAAAUAGACCUCAAGGUGCUCUACCGAGUGAUACUGAGAACCCAAGAGGUGUUGACAAGGAACAAUGCAAGGCCGUUACUUUGAGAAGUGGCAAGGAGUUAGAGCAUUCUAAGAAAAAUUCGGGGCAUGAGGAUGAGCCCUCUUCAAUCCAAAAUAACAGGAAAGCAAGCAAAGAUGAAGAAAGAUAUGAUGUGCUGAAAUCUGCCUCUGCCCAGGAUGCGGCCGCAUCUGGAACACCGCAAAAGUCCCCCGAAAUUCAAAAGCUUCCUCAACAGCUACCUUUUCCACAAAGGUUUCAAAAACAAAAGCAAGAUGGUCAAUUUAAAAAAUUCCUUGAUAUUUUGAGGCAGCUACAUAUUAACAUUCCCCUUGUUGAAGCCCUAGAGAAAAUGCCUAACUAUGUGAAGUUCAUGAAGGACAUCCUUACAAAGAAGAGAAGAUUGGGGGAAUUUGAGACAGUGGCCCUUGCCAAGGAAAGUAGCUCAUUCUUGCAAAACAAGCUGCCCCCAAAGAUGAAAGAUCCUGGGAGUUUCACCAUUCCAUGCACCAUUGGUAAUUCUUAUUGUGGCAUGGCAUUAUUUUACUUGGGUGCCAAUAGAUCUCUUGCUUAUCCAAAUGGGAAGAUUGAGGAUGUCUUGGUAAAAGUUGAUAAGUUCAUUUUUCCAGCUGAUUUCAUUGUGUUGGAUUAUGAGGCAGACAGGAAGAUACCAAUCAUUCUAGGGAGGCCUUUUCUCGCUACUGGUAGAACUUUGAUUGAUGUGCAAAAGGGUGAACUUACUAUGAGGGUUCAAGAUGAGCAGGUGACUUUCAAUGUUUUCAAGGAUAUGAGAUUUCCAGAUAAAGUCAAAGAGUGUUCUGUUGUUUCCGUGGUAGAUUCUUUGGUCUCAAAGGAGUUAGAAAGCAAUUUUGAUGAUCCUCUAGAGAGACUCUUGAUGUUUGAUUCACAUGCAGAGGAUGAGGAUGAAUACUUGGCUUGGCUAGAAGCUAGUUCACAGGGAUUGCAUACAAGAAAGCAUUUUGAAUCUUUGGAGCUCUCAUCGAAGUCUAUCACAGCCCCUAAACCAUCAAUGGAAGAACCUCCAGAGUUGGAAUUAAAAGCUUUACCCUCACACUUGAGAUAUGCCUAUUUAGGUAAGUCUUUUACCUUACUUGUGAUUGUUUCAGCCGAGUUAAGUAUGGAACAAGAAGUAAAGUUGCUUUAUGUAUUGAGGAAGUUCAAGAAGGCCAUUGGGUGGACGAUAGCAGACAUAAAGGGUAUUAGUCCUUCUCUAUGCAUGCAUACGAUUCUGUUAGAAAACAAUGAAAAAGGGUCUAUUGAGGGGUAA